AUGGCGAUGCGAAACUCGCGCCUCGCCAGCGUCUCUGCACGCCUCAUUCAUAAUGUUGGCCUUCCAAAGCAAGGCAUUCGAUCCUACCACAAAAGUUCGGCACCUAUUGUGCCCUCACCGACCCCUUUUGUCCCUGACGUCCCGACCUUUCUGACAUUGAUCGGCCGCGAAAUGUCGAAGCACGCGAGCAAGCUUCCGUCCUGGGAGCAGCUCUUCUCUCUCAGUUCCAAUCAGCUUCGCGACAUUGGCAUCGAGCCUGCACGGCAGCGACGAUAUCUGAUUCGCAAGCGGGAGAAGUUUAGGAACGGGUUGUAUGGACCCGGAGGCGACCUCGAACAGGUGGUGAAUGGUGUUGCGCAAUUGCGGGUCGUCGAGGUCCCUGACGCAUCCAAGCUCACGGAGGAUGGCAAACCGGACCCGAAGACCCUCUCUACUUCUUCCGCCACGUUGUCACCGGGCAUGAAGAAAGCAAUUGUGAAUCUCCCACCCGAUGCCACCGAAUACACGCAUUCCACAUCGACGCCCUUGAAGAAAUUUGCACACAUGAAAAUCCACCGUGGGUCUCGGAUAAGGGGGCCGUUUCUGCAGCCAGUGAAGGGCUCCCAUGGCCAGGCUGCUACCAUCCAGGUCCAGCCGGGCAUGUGGGAGGACAAGCGGGGACAGAAGGUUGACGGUGGUGAGCGCCGACGGGUGGAGGUUCGGGCCAAGAAGAGACUUGAGGAGAGCAAAGGUCGGUCUUGA